UGGAAUCAUGACUGAGUACCUUUGGGGAAAGGGGAAGUGCCUGGAGAACAAGGGCGGCUUCUGAACUGCGGGUAAUGAUGAUUCUGGAUCUGUGUGCCUGGUUACAAGGGUAAGCUAUGGUUGUGAAAUUGCACUUAACUCCACAUAAAGUCAUUCAGAACUGGUUUCCCCAGGAAUCGAUUACCCAACAAGCUCCACUCCAAUAAGUGAGAGCACUUACAGGCAGAGAAGCUUCCGGAGGGCGGGCCAGAAGCUGAGGACGCCCCUGCGCGCUCGCCCGGGGCCAGGAGACCCGCAGGGAGACUUCACCACCGAGGAACCCGGGCGCGGGUUCCGCGGGUCUAGGCGCCCACACGCCUCCAGGGGCGGCUCAGCCACCGACCGCUCCCGCGCGAGGGGGCGCCUGACCCGCCGGCCUCCCGGCGCGCUCCCCACGGCCUAGGACUCCACUCCGACCGCGGCCCGCGUCUCUCAGUUCGCUCCAGACGGCGGCAGCGCGCGGCCAGGAUGGCGGCGACGGUGACCGUGGAGCCCGCGGGUCGCUGCCUCUGGGACGAGCCCGUGCGCAUCGCCGUGCGCGGCCUGGCUCCGGGGCAGCCGGUCACGCUGCGCGCGUCCCUGCGCGACGAGAAGGGCGCGCUCUUCCGGGCCCACGCGCGCUACCGCGCCGACGCCACGGGCCAGCUGGACCUGGAGCGCGCCCCCGCGCUGGGCGGCAGCUUCGCGGGGCUCGAGCCCAUGGGGCUCCUCUGGGCCCUGGAGCCCGACAAGCCGUUAUGGCGCAUUCUGAAGCGGGACGUGCAGACGCCGUUCGCCGUGCAGCUGGAGGUGCUCGACGGCCACGAGCCCGAGGCCGGGCGGCUGCUGGGCCGGGCGGUGCACGAGCGCGCCUUCCUGGGGCCCGGGGUCCGCGGGGGCGGGUGCCGCGCGGGCCGGGUGCGUGGCACGCUCUUCCUGCCGCCAGGACCUGGCCCUUUCCCAGGGGUCAUUGACAUCUUUGGUGUUGGAGGGGGCCUGCUGGAGUAUCGAGCCAGCCUUCUGGCCAGUCAUGGCUUUGCCACGUUGGCUCUGGCUUAUUAUGACUUUGACGAUCUCCCGAGACUGGACAGCAUACACCUGGACUACUUUGAAGAAGCCGUGAGCUACAUGCUGCAGCACACCCAGGUUAAAGGCCCAGGCAUUGCUCUGGGCAUUUCUUUAGGGGCAGAUUGUCUCUCCAUGGCCUCAUUUUUGAAGAACAUCUCAGCCACAGUUUCCAUCAAUGGAUCAGGCGUCAGUGGGAGCCCAGACAUACGCUACAAGCAGACUUGCCUCCCAUGAUUGGGCUAUGAUCUGAGGAGAAUCAAGGUAGCUUUCUCAGGCCUCCUGGAUAUUGUGGAUGUUUGGAAUGAUGUUGUAGGGGGGUGUGAAGACCCCAGCAUGAUUCCAAUAGACAAGGCCCAGGGGCCCAUCCUCUUCAUCGUUGGUCUGGAUGACCAUAACUGGAGGAGUGAGUUCUAUGCCCAGCUAGCCUCUGAUCGCUUACAGGCCCAUGGAAAGGAAAAACCCCAGAUCAUCUCUUACCCUGGCGCUGGGCAUAACAUUGAGCCUCCUUACUUCCCCCUGUGCCCAGCUUCCCUGCACAAACUUGUGGACAAACCUGUGCUCUGGGGUGGGGAGCCCAGGGCUCAUUCUAAGGCCCAGGUAGAUGCUUGGAAGCAGAUUCUAACCUUCUUCUGCAAACAUCUUGGAGGGACCCAGAAGAGAGCUUCCCCCAAAUUGUAAUGCACUGGUCUGUUGUAGGCAUGAGAGAUUCAAGGUCAGAGUCUACUGUCUAGUGAUUCGAAUGUGAAUCACUUUUUCCCUGAAAAGCUCUAAAUUCAUGUCAUGGAUUUUAAUGCUGGAUUUAGGUAACUUUUUUGAAUGUUAUGUUUUCAUUAGUUUUACUAAUGUGACACAUGCCUAUUGUAGAAGAUUCAGUUAGAGCCAUAAAUACAAAAUUGAAAACCA